UGGGAGCGGGCAGCGGCGCGGAGCGGGUGGCCGGCGAUGGGCGAGGGCGCCCUGGCCCCGGGCCUGCAACUGCUGCUCCGCGCCUGCGAGCAAGGCGACACCGACACCGCGCGACGCCUGCUGGAGCCCGGCGCGGAGCCGGCCGUAGGACCAGAAGUGGGAGCCGAGCAGGCAGGGCCCGAGGCGGCCCGGGCGGCCGAGGCCGGAGCGCCGGUACCGGUGGACUGCUCGGAUGAGGCGGGCAACUCGGCGCUGCAGCUGGCGGCGGCCGGUGGCCACGAGCCGCUCGUGCGGUUCCUGCUGCGCCGCGGAGCCUCGGUCAACAGCCGCAACCACUACGGCUGGAGCGCGCUCAUGCAGGCGGCCAGGUGUGGGCAUGCGAGUGUGGCACAUCUCCUCUUGGAUCACGGGGCUGAUGUCAAUGCUCAGAAUCGGCUGGGUGCCAGCGUGCUCACCGUGGCUUCUCGGGGUGGCCACCUGGGCGUGGUGAAGCUGCUGCUGGAGGCUGGCGCCAUUGUGGAUCAUCACAGCCCGUCCAGUGAGUCACCAGCCACGGGAGGCAGCAAGGACGAGCUGCUGGGCAUCACGGCCCUGAUGGCUGCCGUUCAGCACGGGCAUGAGGCCGUGGUACGCCUCCUGAUGGAGUGGGGUGCGGACCCCAACCACACAGCCCGGACCGUGGGCUGGAGCCCCCUGAUGCUGGCGGCCCUCCUUGGGAAGCUCAGCGUGGCACAGCAGCUGGUUGAGAAGGGAGCCAACCCCGACCACCUCAGUGUGCUGGAGAAGACGGCCUUCGAGGUUGCCCUUGACCGCAAGCACAGGGAUCUGGCUGACUACCUGGACCCGCUGACCACUGUCAGGCCGAAAACAGAUGAGGAGAAAAGUCGGCCUGACAUCUUCCACGCGCUGAAGAUGGGAAACUUUCAGCUGGUCAAGGAAAUCGCCGAUGAAGACCCUAACCACGUGAACCUGGUGAACGGGGACGGGGCAACCCCACUGAUGCUGGCGGCCGUCACAGGGCAGCUGCCCCUGGUACAGCUGCUGGUGGAGAAGCACGCAGACAUGAACAAGCAGGACAGUGUGCACGGCUGGACGGCCCUCAUGCAGGCCACCUACCACGGAAACAAGGAAAUUGUCAAGUAUCUGCUCAAUCAGGGGGCCGAUGUUGCUCUACGUGCCAAAAAUGGGUACACGGCCUUCGACCUGGUGAUGCUACUGAAUGAUCCUGACACUGAACUUGUUCGACUGCUGGCAUCUGUGUGCAUGCAAGUGAACAAGGACCGAGGCCGGCCCAGCCACCGGCCCCCGCUGCCCCACUCAAAGGCCAGGCAACCCUGGAGCAUCCCCAUGCUGCCGGAUGACAAGGGAGGCCUGAAGUCCUGGUGGAGCCGGAUGUCUAAUAGGUUCCGAAAGCUGAAACUUAUGCAGACCCUGCCACGUGGGCUGGCUGCCAACCAACCUUUGCCUUUCUCUGAUGAGCCUGAGCUGGCACUGGACUCAACCAUGCGGGCGUCCCCCCAGGACAGGACUAGCCACCCUGGGCCACCGGAAGCAGCCCAUGCGACCAAAGACAGUGGUCCUGGGAGCCCGAGAAGAGAGAAGGAAGAUGUGUUACUGACAACCAUGCUACGGAAUGGAGCUCCCUUCCCCCGGCUCCCCAGUGACAAGCUGAAGGCCGUCAUCCCACCCUUCCUGCCCCCAUCCAGCUUCGAGCUGUGGAGCUCGGACAGGUCUCGCACAUGUCACAACGGGAAAGCAGACCCCACAAAGACCGUGCUGCCCCCAAGAGCCAGCAGGGCCCACCCUGUGGGCUGCGUGGGCACAGACACAGCUGCUGGCCGGCCAGUGAAAUUCCCCAGCAUCUCCCGAAGCCCCACCUCCCCUGCCAGCUCCGGGAGCUUCAACCAUUCACCUCAUUCCUCAGGAGGUGCCAGUGGCAUUGGGGGCAUGAGCAGACUGGGUGGGGAGCUGCAUAACCGCUCAGGUGGCAGCGUAGACAGUGUCUUGUCCCAGAUCGCUGCUCAGAGGAAAAAGGCAGCUGGAUUGUCUGAGCAGAAGCCUAGCCAGCGGUCCAGUCCCGUGGGGCCAGCGCCAGGUUCCAGCCCGCCUGAGCUUCCAGCCUCCCUUGUGGCCAGUGGUGGUGGCUCUUCCAGUGGAACUUCCAGCACCAAGAAACUGGACCCCAGCAAACGGCCCCCAUCUGGAACGUCUGCUGCCUCUAAAAGCACGUCCCCUACCCUCACGCCCUCGCCCUCUCCCAAAGGCCAAGCUGCGGAAUCCUCCGUGUCCUCCUCGUCCUCCCAUCGGCAGUCCAAGAGCAGUGGGGGCUCCAGCAGCGGCACCAUCACAGACGAGGACGAGCUGACUGGAAUACUUAAGAAGUUGUCCCUAGAGAAGUACCAGCCCAUCUUUGAGGAGCAAGAGGUGGACAUGGAAGCCUUCCUCACUCUCACCGAUGGCGACCUGCAGGAGCUGGGUAUUAAGACGGAUGGUUCCCGGCAGCAGAUCCUGGCUGCCAUCUCCGAGUUGAAUGCAGGCAAGGGCCGUGAGAGGCAGAUUCUACAGGAAACCAUUCACAACUUCCACUCUUCCUUUGAGAGCAGCGCCAGCAACACCAGGGCCCCCGGCAACAGUCCCUCCAUGGCCGGAUGGAUAAAGCCAGAAGAAGCAGUGUCUAGCAAGAGGUAGCUGCAGCUGUGCAAGAGGGAGCUGUGGUUGUGAUGGCUCUGCUGGCAUCAGAGCCCUGGGAUAUUGAGGGCUGAGCAGGGAAUUGCCGCCCUUCUCUUGCCUGGAUUAUUUCUUCACUGGAACUCACAGCAAGUGGACAGAAGACUGGCUGAUGCAGUAUGCAAGGGCCAGGGAUGCCCCUCUCUUGCUAAUGCUUUGGAGAGGCUAAGUUGGAGGCCACAUGGCUGCAGAUGUAAACCCUAAUCUCUACAUGCAAGUAGGUGCUACCCUUCAAGGCCUGGGACCCUUCCAGGAAAGAUGCUGCACACAGAUGAAGCCCUGCAGAAGGUGUGGUGCAGUACCCCACUCUGGCAGUCCUUGUUCAUUUUAAGCAAUCACCUGUUCAACAUGUGAGGACAUGUAAUGCUGUCCCUAAUGAAGCUGGGGCCAAAUUCUGCAGGCUGCCAUGGAGAGACAGCCGAGACACUUGGGAGUGUCACACUUUCCAGUUGCUUCCAGCGGGUCGGCCAGGCUCCGCCUGCUCUUGGGGCGCUGCAGGAGCAGACUUGGACACACAUGUGGUUGCAGCCCAAUGGGAGCACACAUGGACAGUGGGCUGAAGGUGCAGGAGGGAGCUGUGGAUGAAGAGCCACACACGAGAGCACCAAGCCCACUUCUCUGACUUCAGUUCCUCCAGGGCACCUCAGAGCGGGGUCCUGCUUCCCACGAGAGCCCCCCCCCCAAGACCAAUAGACACAGCCCCAGGCAUCUUCAUCAAGAUACCCUGGUGGCAGGACUGGAGUGUGACUUUGUCCCAAGCCACACUAGGGUGUCUGCACCCAAUGGUCAGAGAUGGCGGUGCCAUUUUGUUUCAGCCUGCAGUUCUCAUUUUCUUCACUUCAGACAUACAUUAUUUCCACAUAAAGACUUGAUUCUUAGAAAGACUUUUGCUUGCCAAACUGCAUAUAUUAAAAAUGGGAAAUGUGUCUCCUGUCUCUGUGCUCUUCAGGGCACAGCAUGCAGCGGGGGUCCCUCCUAUGCCCCUGUAACAUGCUGCAGGGUGUUUCUGUGUCCCACCUUACCCCAUCUCCACAGUAACCCUUUGAGGCAGCUGGAACCUUUAAUUCCUGUCAGUUUGGGGACUAUUGACACACCGAUAGUAACCGGCUUUGUGAAGGUCAAACCCAGCUAAUGAGGGACACUCGUUUGAAUGCAGGUCUCACCUCUGAGUCCAUCUUCCUGCUGUCUGGCUGCCUGUCAGCAAUGAGUAACCCAGCCAGCAACCAAACAAAUGAUACUUUGUCAUUUCCUCCUUGAAGUUUGUUUACAGUGGGGAGGGGGUACAAAGUGCUAUAAAUAGCUUGGAAAGCUCUCCUUGUUUCUGUGAAGAACUGUGCCUCAGCCACCUGGAGCACAGGCAAACAGAAGGUGGUGUCUAGGUGUGUGGAGACGGGGGAGCCUAUGGACAGGCCAAUUCCCCAUGAGGAAGAACACUCAGAGACCAGCGCUGCCAGGAGGGAGAUUCCCCCAGAGGGGCACAGAGGUGCCCUGUGUGCUGAGCUAGCUAGAGGGGAAUUCAGACUAGUGAAGAAUGGACUGGCAGGUGUCAGUAGCAGGUAGAAGUGACAGGAAUGGGUGCCCAAUCGCUCCAAUAACCAUGAAAAAGUAGGAAGCAGGAGAGAGUCUUCAAUAAGUAAAACAGAAUGUCCACCUAGCCCGGCUGGGGUGAAGCUCAGCGGUAGAGUGUUUGCCUCUACGUUUGCAAGACCCUGGUAUGGAGCCCAGAACCGGAAGGUGUAAGUACAGAGUAUAUCUAACCCAGAAGUUCCUCAGCGUAUUUCCAAAGGCAUUGGAAAUCAUGUUCCAAUGUGACCUCACCUUCACAGGUGCAUGGAGGUGGCAGUGCCCGGGUCUUGGUUUCUUCUGUUGCUGCCGACAAAUGUGUAUUGAGGAGGAAAGGUUCCAUUUGGCUCGCUGUUCCACGUUACAGUCCACCAUGGCAAGGGAGUCCUGAGGCUGGAGCUUGAGAG